AUAACUAAAAUGAUCUUUUCGACUUGAAUUGUUUUAAUUGUAAUCCUAUCGUAUGACUGCAUUUUUUCUCUCUCUAACUUGUGUGUGUGUGUGUGUGUAUACAUGAACAUUGAAUCAGCCGUCUGAAUAAAAUUGCGUCUUUGCCAUCUUAAAAUAUUGCCUUUACCUUUUAUGCAACCGUAUAAGUUAUCUCUCUUAAAGGCCUACAACGUAGUAUUACAGCGAUACCGUAAAGUUGAAUAUUCAUAGCCAAGCGUCAUUCGCGGAAAUAUAGGAUGGGCGCAGCGAGCUGAGUGUGAGCUGUGGCAAAAUAGCUCGACUGCUGCAAAAGCCAAGAAGCCUUUGAGAAAGCGUAAGCGAACAAUAACAGAGAGACUGUGGCGAACAAUAAAAAUCCUAAACGCAAUAAAAUGGCAAAUACUGGAGAUAUAUGGUUACAAUGGUUUUCAUGUUGUUUUCAUCAGCCGCAAUCGCCAUCACGUCGACGACAUCAACGGCUGCGUAUCGAUCGUUCCAUGAUAGGUAAUCCAACGAAUUUCGUUCAUACCGGACACAUUGGUUCGGCCGAUGUUGAACUCUCCACCAAUCAUUUAAAUGCAAUCCAAACACAAAUGCAAAGCAAAGGAGGCUACGAAAUGAAUUCAAUACAAGUACAGGCCUGCUGAUAGUUUUGGUUCAACAAUCUUUGAAAAAUUAUCUGAUAAUAUAUGAAUUGAAAGAAGAAAAAAAAGCAAAAAGAAAAAAAAAAAAA